UUUCCUGGUUGGUCGAUGACAUCAGUGCCGACGCAGAACGUGUCAUAGUUCUACACAUGUAACGUUACCGGCUUUUCAAAAAACGUAAGGUUUUGCCUCGAAUUUCCUGUGAAGACUUACAAUUCGUGAGCUCAUUUUUCUUCUCACAAUUUGAACGCUACGCCAAGAUCUACAUAGUUCACAACGGUAUUUGUCUCUUAAGCUAGUAGUUAGCAUUGCUAGCGUAGCUCGUGAACUUUUACCAUCCUUGCGCUGGUUCCUCUUUAAACUGUUUACACAAGCCAAUCAGGCAGUUAAAACUAAGGACGCAGUCAACUACAAAAACAGACGGUCAUUUGGUAGUAGUUUGUUUUUUUAGCUGUUUAUUGUAAUAUAGUCAUUUAGAAGUUCGACGUCAUUGUGGCGUUCGAGGUCAUUCUGUAGCUUCCAUCGAAGCCAGCUGUUUUUUGGGGGGAUACACCAUGAAGAGUCUGCCGUAUUUCUGCCGAGGAGAGGUCGUUCGAGGAUUCGGAAGGGGGAGUAAAGAACUUGGCAUCCCCACGGCUAACUUUCCAGACUCUGUGGUGGACAACCUUCCAGCAGAUAUCAGCACAGGGAUUUAUUAUGGCUGGGCCUGUGUUGGUAAUGGAGAUGUUUACAAAAUGGUGAUGAGCAUCGGCUGGAACCCCUACUACAAAAAUACCAAGAAAUCUAUGGAGACUCAUGUGAUUCACGAAUUCAAAGAAGACUUUUAUGGGCAGAUUCUCAGAGUCGUCAUGGUUGGCUACAUCCGUCCAGAGAGGACUUUUGACUCACUUGAGGCUCUAAUUGUUGCAAUCAAUGGCGACAUUGAAGAGGCCAAAUUAAAGCUUGAGCUUCCAGAGCAUCACAAACUCAAAGAGGACAACUUCUUCAUCAGCGCUGCCAGUUCGUCUGCAGUCCCCUCCACCACCCCAUCCACAUCGGAAACCAUAGUAAACGGUCACUGACAGGCUGGCUGUGAGAGCCACACAUUGCAUGUGUUCCCAUACAAAUGUUGCUUUCAGCACGACCUCGUUCUGAAGGCUGUCAGCUGUUGUUAUGGCUGUACAAUCCCAAAAGCAGAGCAGAAUAUAUUCAAAAUAUGUUCAUGAGAAACUCUUCCUGACAGCCACUAACUCUGAUUGUACGUGUGAGCACACCUGACCUCUUCUAUGAAUGUCAUGGCGCCUAUUGUAAGUAUAAAAGCAUUUUUUUUAAACCAUCUAAAUGACAAACAAUGGCCGUUUCAUUUUGAAGUGUUCAGUCAGAGGAUCCAGAUAGACCGAAAACUCAAUGCUGCUGGGUUUACUCAUCUUAGACAGUCUAACUUGUUCUGGGGUUUUUCUCUAAGAAACUGAAAAGUUUUUUUUUUUUCUUCUUUUCAUUUUUUUUUUAAUUACAAAUAUCCCUUUAAAUCCUUAUUUAUUACAACAUUAACACUCUCCUGUAGUAGACCAGAGCUGGGAAUGGAGCUUUAAAGCCUUGUGCACAAACAAAUCUUUGUGCACUGAAGUUGUAUCACAGCUCACAUCAAGUCAUUUUAAUUUUCUUUUUAAACUGGUUUCAUUCUGUUUUCCAGUUAGAUGAAGCUCUGAAGAUGCUGUAAAGCAGGUUCAGAUGCUGCUAUUUUUGUUCAGAUCUCACAAAUGAAAAGAGACCACAACUGCUAAAUAGUUUCAAGGUCUUUAACUAUGAAAGGAAAACGCCCAUGCCCUUUCCUUGCAUUUAAUUUUAUGCUGAAAUUUGGAAUAAAAAAUAAACUGACAUUGUUUGGUUUUUUUCCUGCUGGAUUGCACAGAAGAAAUCCCCGUGCAGGCAUGGGGUUAGAAGCAGACUUCCAUUGUCAGGAUUUAAGGAAACUUUGAGUUGUGGUACAGCAAACACUGCAGUACAAUAGAAGUCCGUACUCAACCAGGCUUUGUUUUUUAUCCUGUUGAGAAGCCUUUGAAUUGAAUCAGAAUGUGUGUCUUGGCACCUUGGUGUCUUAUCAUCAUGUUCAGUUGAUAUGUUGUAGAUAACUGGAAGAUAUGCCAGAAUAUGCAGGCAACUUUGAUUGCAUUAAGAAGCAAUGAUAUAUUUGAAGUCUGUCUAUGUUGGUCAGAAAUGAUCCAAUAAAGUCCCAUCAAGUUAAAAAUAUGUGAGCCUCUGUCAAAACAAUCUGAUCAAAUACUACAUUAUGUUUUUAAACUUUGGAUGUGUAUCUGUCUUUGUAAACCAUUUAUGCAGCAGACCUUUUAAAAAAUGUUCAUGGAAUUUUUAAUGGUUCUCUUAGAUGAAGCACUUGGCUUUGAUUGCUUAUCAUUUCGUUUAAACUGAAGCUCAGUAAGGAUUUGUUGCUUUGUCAAACCUGUCAUAGAUUUUAGGAUUUAAGAUCCUAAACGUUACUACAUCCAAGGACUGCAGGAGCAUGUUUGAUCUUCAGUCUCAUGCAUUUGCUUUACACAGACUGAAGACCUCCCAUUAAUCAGUUUACACAAUUUUAUGUAAUAAAAUUUCAAUCAACUUCCUGUUUGUCAAUUUAUUUUUAGGUGCCAGGUAAAGGUUUGUUUUUGAAGGAAAAACAAGACAAAAAUAGUUUUUUCUCAUGUGGUCAUAUUAAAAUAUUUCACCACUAAAUGCUCAUCUACAUUUUUGAAUUUUCAAGUGUUCGCUUCUGCAAUGUGCAAAUACAAGCUUUAAAAAGUAAA